GGUUGUGUUUGUUUUUGUUGUUGUUUGUUGUUUGGGACGGGAGGACCAAGGCAGCCGGUCGUUUUUCUGCUGGCAAACGGGAUUCGGUGAGGUAUCAGAUUGAAUCGGCUCUGACUCAGGGGGCACGCAAAACGUUGUGAAAAUGUUCUACCACAUAUCACUGGAACACGAGAUUCUUCUCCAUCCCCGAUAUUUUGGCCCUCAGCUCCUCGACACAGUGAAACAGAAAUUGUAUACGGAAGUUGAAGGAACUUGCACGGGCAAGUAUGGUUUUGUCAUUGCUGUGACAACCAUUGAUAAUAUAGGUGCAGGUAUUAUUCAACCAGGUCAAGGUUUCGUAGUUUAUCCGGUAAAAUACAAAGCUAUUGUAUUCAGGCCAUUUAAAGGUGAAGUUUUAGAUGCUGUUGUAACUCAAGUCAACAAGGUUGGCAUGUUUGCAGAGAUCGGUCCUCUAACAUGUUUUAUUUCACACCAUUCAAUCCCCGCCGAUAUGCAGUAUAGCCCCAACUCCAAUCCUCCAUGCUAUAAAUCUAAAGAUGAAGAUGUUGUCAUUCAGCAAGAUGAUGAAAUCAGAUUGAAAAUUGUGGGUACACGAGUUGAUGCUGCAGGAAUCUUUGCCAUAGGAACCUUGAUGGAUGAUUACUUAGGUUUGGUUUGCAGUUGAAGAAUCGAAAACAGCAAAUCUUUUUUUAUUGGAGCUAAUCAUUUUUGUGAUUCCUCAUGAGGCAAUGAGGAUAUUUCCACUUCAAGCCGACUGACGCUCCUCUUUGUGCCAAGGGCAUAUGUGAACUGUUAUUUGUUGAAUCAUACUUACUCUGUGCAUUUGAUGUAACAUUUUGAUUUUUCUUGUACAUCCCCUUAAGAUGAAAUGAACUUAAUUUAUUCAGUCGUA